UGCCAAUCUCCUGGGCCUUCCAGAAAAUGCCUGCUGAUAGAGUGCGAAUGACCGAUAUCGACGGUCUGUUUCACUAGUGAAUUGGCACCUGCGCCUGUUACUAAAUUGACGAUGUCCCUGCGGGUGCUCACGCUGGCAUAUUGUCGUUAGUGUUAGACACUUCGCUCCUUAGUAAAUCUACACCCAAGUCUGAAGAGAGAAAACUCUCUCUUACACUAUUAAUGUAAAUAUGCAAGGAAAGAAUGUUCUGUUCCCACAAUAAACAAUUUUCUAACAUUUAACCAUUAACAAAGUUAGUUGUUUAUACUGUACAAUGCUAGCCAAGUCCACAGAUGCAGAAAUAACUCUUUGGAGAUGGAAUCUCAUGAAAAAUUAAGAGGAGACAUUUUUGUUCGGCAUGAAGCUACAUGAUAUUCUGUAAUCCAGACAUUUAAUUCUGUUUUUCUUGCAAUGUAGAAUGUAGCAAAGAUUUCUGUAGUCUUCAUUCUGUGCUUAAAUACUUCCCAACAGAUUCCACACAUGCUCAGGAUCACAUCAAGCGAAGCUUCUAGCAAUCUCCAUAGAAAGUCUGGCCAAUAUUGGCAGCAGAAUUCACAAUGUUGGGGGUCGGGGCAGUUCCCUAUUGCAUUAAUUAGCCAGUCCGUAUGAGUAGAGGAAAAUCCACACAGACAUAGGGAGAAUAUACAAACUCCUUAUAUAUAGAGAGUGCCCUGGUCAGAAUCAUAUUCAUGCACUGCAAGGCACAGUGUGUUUUCCUCAAGGCCAAGAUACAGUUGCAACCCAUGUGCCUCCAGCAGUGGUAAUUGCACAUCAUUCAUGGCCACGGUUUGCUUCCAUUAUUGUUCUGUUCCUGCUGGAGAUUUGAAAUUCUAAUCCCAAACUAUAAAAUAAGCCAAUGUCACACCAUACUUUAAAUAUUUGACGUAGUUCAAUCAGUGUUUUGCUAUUUUUACCAAAUCACCCAAUUCACACAGUUAUUCCAAUGGGUAUUGUCUAAGGAUCAUCCAGAAGCUCUGGACAACUGAGCGCGACAAUUUUUUGUUCCCAGAUGAUGCCAUUUUUACAUUUUUUACAUUUUAAAAGUUCAUUUAUUUGCAUGCAUUGUCUCUCCCCGCCUUUAUUGUGCCGGCUUAUUUUUCUGUUGUGUUUUUCCAUUAAAUAUGCUUAGCUUCUUGUUGUGAUUCUUCUGGAUCUUUUCUAGCCUGAAGGAUUCUAGCCUUCUGCAUUACCAAGCAGUUCUGCAUCUGAACUACUGUGAAAUCAGCAAGCACAAAACACUGGAACAUACAGAGAGCUGGACUCAGACCACAUUGCUGCAGCCACCAUAAAGGAGCAAAGGUUUUUAGAAACAAGCCAUCUGACCCCAAAUCUGUAAGUCCAGGCGCCACAAUAGGGAGUGAAAAGAGCAGAGAGGAUGAUGGGUUAGAAGCUCAAUCACAAGGAUUCCACAGGCAAGUGACAACAUAAAACAAGGAGUAAGAAUUCUUCAUCCAACAAAGAAGUUUACUGAUGUGGAAUGUAAAGAUCUCUUUUCAACCAUGAAACGGUUACCCAGUCACCAUCUAGAUGUGAGUUUUUUCCCUCGCUUCCUUGGCCUGUGUAGAAAAUACCGUUCUCCUUCUCCGCUUCCAGGAUCUCCUCCAAAGGGACAGCUACGCCUGCGCUCCCCUCCUGGAGUUUUUGUGUUUAUUGGCAUCUUCCUUGUAUUAACAGGCCUGAUAGUGGCUGUUGUUGGCUACUGGCCUCAGAGAACUAGCAGUGCUUCCCCAACAAUUAUUCCACCACAUCCAAGACCACAUGCUGAGAGGUUGAAGUUGAUAGGUCCAGUCAUCAUGGGAGUAGGGUUAUUUGUGUUUAUUUGCGCUAACACACUUCUUUAUGAAAACCGAGACACAGAAACAAGGAGGCUUCUUCAAAAUAGCAUGGUCAUGCCAAGACCAACUAAUGUGACUUUAACUGCCAAUCAAAGGGGGCAAAUACCACUGCAGAGGCCAUGGGGAGAAAGCUCUGGAGAGAUGGACAAUAGACGUAAUAUUUUAAUUCGUGCACAGCUUUUGUGUCCCCCCAUUAAUGACUUAUCUGUGUCUCUAGUGAGCAUCCACUCUGAUCCUUGCAUUUCACAACUUGGGAAUGGAUGGAAACAGAAGAAGGAAGCAGUCACCAGAAGCUAUAGCUCUUCAGUGAAGAUAGAUAUGGCAGAUGUGGAACAAGUAAAGGGGAGUUUAGAGGUGCCAGACAUAGGACGAAAAAGUAAAAGUUGGCCAAGGCUGGAGGAAUGUAAUACAAAGCCGAAACAUUCCAAGGAAAAAAAGCUGGACGUUGGGGAAAGAGAGAGCAGCCAAGAGACUGUGCCAGAAAUGGCCUAGAUAAUUGAAAGGGUUAGGAAUGGAAUUUAAAAAUCACCAGGUGCCCAAUCCAGAGGAUUAGAGAGGUCAUGGUGAGUGAGGACAAGGGGAUGUUCCACCAUAUAGUGGUAAACUAUUACUCAUGCCCUGAGACUCCCCCAUCUAAACACCAUUUCACACACAUAUGCACCUUUUCCCUUAAACAUAAUGGUGAUAUAUUCAGAGAUCGCAGCCUCCUGUAAAGUGACAUAACUUUCUUUUAUACAAUCUUUUCCUGUGACCACAAAGUCACAAAAUGGGGAGACGGGACACUGAAUGUGAAGGUUUUAUGCUUGGAUCCUUGUUUGCUUUUUGGUUAAAUGUGUUUGGACAAUUUAUAAUAAAUUGAUCGAUAACCUCAUUUUUUUUCAUUUUCCCCAUCGCCGUUUGGUUAUAUAAUGUAUAUUACCUCCCAGUCAGUGCAGCCACCCCAAAGCCAGUGCUGUAACCAAUCAACCGAAAUCCUGCUUCCUUAUAUUUAAACACUUUUCAUUCUCAGCCAAUGCUCAGUUUACAGACAAUUUAAAGUAAUAAUAUUCCUAUAUCUUGGUCCAUAAGACAUAGCUCUCCCUCACAUUCUGUUUGCUUUGGACAAAAGCAGAAAAAGUAUUUUGGCUUUCAGGGAGUUAAAUUGUGAGCCCAGGACCCCAGCAUCUGGAGGAGGAAUUAAGAUUAGAUCCAGAUGUGGAGAACCGCACUGCCCCUCCCUGCACACCCAAGUCCAUGGAUAAUGUGCUUCAAGCUCAGACUGUCUCACAGCUGAUUUCUUACCAGAAAAUGCCUAGAAUCAGGCACGGGCGGCUUCAUGAGUUUCACUACAACUCCCAGCAUGCAAUGACAGCCUCAGGCUAUAAGUCAUCGUUUAAAGUUUGCUUUUGAAUUUACUUUCAUUGUGCUCCAGACCUGUUCCACGCACCGUUUCAAUUGGUCUUCAGUAUUUAUUUUGUGUGUGUGUGUGUGUGUGUGGUUUUUUUUUUCAUUAACCUACUGAUCUACAUUUUUCAGACAGCAACUAAAAAUGCUAUCUGGUUGAAGAGUGCAUAGACCCUAGCAACCAAAUAAUAAAUUGACUGUGCAACUU